AUGCCUGUGGCCGUACCUCGUCGUCCUUGUUUGGUCGUUAGAUGCGAUGUUUUGGACAUACCAAGUCCGAACAAGAGUAAAAAAAAAGUCGUUUUUGCCGAUGAUAGAGGUUUUCCUCUCACUUUGGUUCGAACGAUGACGGAACCAUCAAACGUUCCUCCACAACUGAGCGUUCAAUUUUUUGGUAAAAUAAUUGAAAAAUCAUCAUCGUGUAAUCCGCAAAAUUCGGAUUCGUGGGAAGUCACAUUUUCACAACCGGCAUCGGAUUAUUUAGAUUUUCGACGUCGUUUGGACACGAAUAACGUGUCAUUAGAAAAUGUUAUAUUAAAAGAAAGCGAAAAAGCCGUUGUCGGAACGGUCAAAGUUCGUAACAUUGCUUAUCAAAAAGAAGUUUUCAUGAGAGCUACAUCGGACGGUUGGAAAACUCAAGAGGAUGCAUUUUGUACGUACGUUCCGAACAGUCCAUCCGCUCACGGCGUCACCGUUUUAUACGAUACAUUUUCAUUUCGUUUAACUUUACCACCGAAAUCGAAAAAAUUAGAAUUUUGCGUUUGCUUCAAGUGUUCAGGUUCCGAAUAUUGGGAUAAUAAUUCCGGGAAAAAUUAUUUUAUAUUAAAAAAAGAAAAAUUUUCGCCGCCGCCUCCUCCGCCCCCCUCAUCAUCAUCAUCAUCUUCCGUUUUACAAUCGGACCUACUAUCUAGUACAAAAAUAAAUUUGCCAAGAGUUUUUACAGACGAAUUAAAACCCAACGCGAAUCUUCAAUCAUGGUCGGAAUUUGCGAGUUGGAAUCAUUUGAACAGUAAUUCUCCUUAUUGGUAA